UAAGUAUCAAAAAUAAAAUAUAUAUAAAUAUAUGAUCAUUUUAAAUUAAACUAUAUACCAUAUAAAAAUACAUAAAUAUCUUAAUUUUGAAAUUUACUUUGAACAUUUUUUUGAUAAAAAAUUUGAAAAAAUAUUGACAACUUAAUUUUUUAAAAUAUAAAUUACUUAAAUCAUUAAUCCCACAGUGAAAAUUUUGUUAUUAUUAAUUUAGACUUUGUGCUAUAUUAACAGAUACAAAUAAUAAUAAAAAUAUGAGCAAAAAGCAUCAUGUAAUAAAUAUUAAUAUUAAAAUAUACCAUAUAUAUGUUACUAUCAUUUAAAUUUAACUAUAUAUCAUAUCAAAUAGAAAAAAAAAUAUUUUUUCAAUUUAUAAAAUUUAUUUAUAUGUUCACACUAAUUUAAUUAUAUAAGUAGUAGAUAAUGACUUUUUAAUUAUUCAAAAUAUGUUUAUUAUUUCAUAAUAUGUUAUAAACAUAUAAUAUAUAAAAUAAUAUAUAUAUAUAAUGUUCAUUCCGCGCAAUGUGCGGGUCUUAACCUAGUUAUACAUUAUUAGUUAGCUGGGAACUUUAUGUGUAUUCUCUAAGUCAUUCAGUAUUCGUUAACAACCAUUUCAAAAUUUGUUACGCCAUUCGAACUUAUAUGGUUUGGUAUUGCUUCGUUAAUAUAUUACAUUAUAAGAAAUUUGUUACCUGCUAACAUUGCAUGUAUCUUAUAACAUGCUAUACAUUAUUAGUUAGCUGGAAACUUUAUAUGUAUCCUCUAAAAUAUUCAUUAUUCAUUAACAACCAUUUUUUUAUAAGCCCUAUUGGCUGAUCCGGUCGGUCCUGAAAAAACGUAUUUAAUGCUACAGAGUGGACUAUUCCGAAAGCAAAGCGUACCACACUACAUUAGCAACCAUUUUACACAUUUAAGUCUACUAACAUAUACAUAGUUCGGUUAUAUAAGAUUAUUAUCUUUCAGUAUACCAAAUUGAAUAUGAUCCCAUCAAACUAAACUAAUUCUUCCUAAUAACUGUAUCAAACUGUGACUGUAAAUAAUUCAGGAUCAUAUCACUAUUUUUGAUGUUAUAUAACUCAGAAAAGUAUGUCUAGAAGUAUCAAUAACGACAUAUUUAACGCUUUAAAAUGGGAUAUUCGAUAACUGAUCUAGGAUAACGCUAACAAAAUAGUUAUUACAUUCUAUCCAAAAAAAAGGUAGUUAUUACAUUGUAUUUGGUAAGUCCUAUAAAAUUCUUACCUUGAGAAGUACAGGAACGAGAGAAAUAAAGUGGAUACAAGCUCGUCCAUAGUAACCUACAACAUCUUUCUCAAUCUUCUAUCGAUGCAUGUGUCCAAGUGGUAAUUUAAAAUUGGAAUUUCGAAGCCGAAAAACUACAUAUCAUGUAUAUUUCCCUGUCGUGUAUAUUUCACUGUCGUGUAUAUUUCACCAAUUCUGUCUUAGUUAAACGAACAUACGACAAUUGUAAUUUUGUAGUUUUACGGUUUUAGCAAAAAUGUGAUUUUGCAACUUUUUGAAAAAUUAUCAUAAUUAUUUAUUUGUUUAAACUUAUAUCUAAAUAUUUAUUAAAAUAAAAGUAAAAUUUUCAUUUAUUAUUUUGGUUAAUUUCUUUUUUUUUUUAAUUUCAUUAUAAUCCUAUUCAAUCGAUGAAAUUACAAAGUCAUAAUGUAACAGAGUUGUGAUGAAUCUAGGAACAUAAUUAUACCAACAAAACAAUGCACUAAUUAAACUCAUCAUGCAUUCUCGCUCUCGCUGAAAACCCUAGUGUGAUUAAAGAUAAAGAUAGCAAGUCACUGUUGAUGAAAAUUUGCGUUCCCGCUCUCUCACCCUUGGAAAUAUCUUGUUGAAUCUUCUCAACCAAAGCAAUUCUUCUUCGUUAUCAUUCUCGCUCUCGCUGAAAACCCUAGUGUGAUUAAAGAGAAAGAUAGCACGUUGAAAGCGCUGUAUUCUCGCUCUCUCUCACCCUUGGAAACAUCUUGUUGAUUCUUCUCAACCCAAAGCAAGCUUCUUCGUUAACAGCCGUCGUCUUUUAUCUGCUUGAAUUAAGGAAUCAUAUUUUUACUAUUUUUAAUAUUGAGAGGAAAAAUAUCCGAGCUUGUGACCUUAAUCUGGUUAAAACCCUAAUUUAUGUCUCCCCAAAGAGAUUCAAUAAGCAGUCUGCCAGAUGAGGUUCUUGGCAAAGUACUGUCCUUGCUUCCGACAAAUCAAGCAGCUACCGCAUCGGUUCUGUCCAAAAGGUGGAUGAAUCUGCUUGCUCUUGUAGACAACCUUGCUUUCAGUGACGAAAGUGACCCUCGUGGCUUCUGUGAUUUUGUGGACAAAACGCUUGUUCUUAUCUUAACCAACUCUUCAAUCAUCAAGAGAUUCUCUUUGCGUUGUGAACAUAGACAUGACAGUUGUCGAGCAGACAACUGGAUUCGCACUGUCCUAGAACGAAGCUUCUUGGAACUUCACUUGGAUAGCGUGUAUAAGCAUGUCAUAGAAACAAAGUCCUUCAGGAGCAACACGCUGGUCAAGCUUACUUUAUCCAAUGAGUUUGUUCUCGAUGGUCAUUUUCUUCCUCCUCGUGGCGUCAUGCUUUUCCCCAAGCUCAAAACACUUUCUCUCCUUUCAGUCGUGUCUAAAAAUUAUGAGGUGUAUGAAUAUCUCAUCUCUGCUUGCCCUGUGCUUGAGGAAUUAAUCCUACUCGUUGGUGCUUUUCCUUGGCUGAAGUUUAGUCAUUCCAUAACUGUCUUGAAUCCUUCCGUUAAGAGACUUACCAUCUCUUACCCUUAUCGUUGUUAUCGUAAGAAUCCCGAUAUUCAGAUGUUUCAGACACCUAGUCUUGUCUACCUUGACUACUCUAGUAGUUUUGUCGAGGUACAGUAUCAUGUUGGUUUUAGCUUGGUUGUCGAAGCUAGACUGGAUCUUAUAAAGGAGCGAUUUUCCACUAUGGAUGAUUAUGGUGGUGAUGAUAGUGAUAGUGAUAGUGAUAGUGAUGGAGGGGAUGUUUUGCAUGAUGUUACGAAUCUGGUUGAAGGGAUAAGCAAUGUUAAAACCCUUCACUUGUCUCCUAAUUCUCUUCAGGCAUUUCAUUUUUACUGUAAACCAACGCCCGUCUUUCACAAGCUCCUUACUCUGUCUUUUGAGAGUGACAAAGAAAAAGGCUGGCAAGUGGUGCCACUUCUUCUCAACAACUCUCUCAAUCUAGAAACAUUAGUCAUCAAGGGUCUUGUGCACCGAGUUACAGAUAAAUGCGGGGACGCAUGCGUUUGCAUUGCUAGGGAAAAGAAAAAGAAGAAGAUGAAGGAGGAGGAAGUAUGUUGUUUAUCGACAUGUCAAGUGAAGGUGCUAAAGAUUUUAGGGUAUGGAGGAACUAGUGGAGAGCGGAAACAGAUGAAGCAUUUCUUGGGAAAUUUAAAAUGUCUUGAAACUGUCAGGGUUGGUGUCCAAGCUGAGAAUCAACAAGAAGAAAACAAUGUUAACAAUCACUACCUGAGAAUCACCAAUGCUCUUACUAAGCUUCCAAGAGUUUCAUCAAAUUGUCAAAUCCAUUUCUUUUGAUUACCUUCUUAUUAACCAAAUCAUUAGCAUGCUUCAUGAUCUUUCAGAAGAUAAACUCUAGUUUUUCUAUGAGGAUAAUCAAUAUCUUAUGCUUGCUAUUUAUUUGAGGAGAGUGUCAGGCUUGAGUAUGUGUCAGUUAUUAAAAGUCGACUUGGGUUUUUCUUCAAAGAUUAAAAAGUGAUAGAAAAUAUCCAGAAGUAUAAAGAUACGUACGCUAACGUUGACUUGUUCAGUAAAAAAAAAAAUGCUGGCCAUGUACUUUCAUGACAAAUUGGUUUUUGGCUUUCUCGAUUACGAAGAGGUGUUUUCACCAACCUUCAAAGUUUCUGUGAUAUUUUCUACUUAUAGAAAGAUCUUUUUCUACCGUAUUUAAAAUAUUUUGACUAUCUAGUGAUUUAAUGUUUCAACCCCAUUCAAUUUAGAUGAUUUGAAUACAGAAAAUCUCUAAACAUUCUCAGUCGCGUCUGUUAUUAUUUCUUGGAAAUUGGAACUUUUUACAAAAAAUGGAGAAUAUUUAGAAAAAAAUCGAAGAGAGUUUGAAUAAACAUUUAAAAUAUUUUGACUAUCAUACACAUAAAUUUCAAAUGUUUAUUCAAACUCUCUUCGAUUUUCUUCUAUAUAUUUUUCAUUUUUUUGUAGAAAAUUUCCAAUUUCCAAGAAAUAAUAACAGACGCGACGAAGAGAAUGUUCGGAGAUUUUCUGUAUUCAAAUCAUUUUAAUUGAAUGGGGUUGAUAUCUUAACAUUAAACAUUAUUUUCUUUUUGGGAAUAUUAUAUUUAUAGAUUCGGUUCUGUAUAUAUAUAUAUAUAAAGACAUAGCCCAUACUACUCUCAUAGAUCAAUAUCUACAACAUCUCUUUGAAUAUCAUAUUGAAGAGAUUGCAAAGAUGUCACCGUUUUCGACGCUCAUUGUUAUCCUCGUAUCUUCCAUCAUGAUUCACCACCUUCCAUUGGCAAGCUCCACACAAUGGUGCGUGGCCUCUCCGACGUCGAAAGAAAAGCAGCUAGAAGAAAAUCUCGGGUUUGCAUGCGCUAAUGGAGUUGAUUGCAGACCAAUCCUAGAAGGUGGAGCCUGUUACAACCCUAACACUCCAUUAGGCCAUGCGUCUUACGUGAUGAACGCAUAUUACGCAACCCAUGAACGCACCGACUACGCGUGCAAGUUCUUUUUCCCAAACAGUGCCAUGUUGACUACUACAAACCCUAGUUAUGGUAGUUGUGUCUAUGCAUAAGUAUUUUCAUUGGUUUUAGAUAUGUGAUCCACGGCAUACCUCAUAGCCUGAUAGGAUGUAUGGUUAUGGCAGAUCCAAUGUCGUUUUUCUUUUACCAAUUUUAUAAUUAUAAAAAUAAGUCCUUA